UUUACUGUGGUAAUAUCCCAGCCAUGUCCAUGCAGGCAGUGUGAGCUAAAACAACAGAAAGAGGAACUUGUGCAACAGUACAGCUGUCAAAUUCAAGAAAUCAAAUUGAGACACAGGAAAAUUCGGAUGAAGUUUGAAAAUCAACUGCUGCAGCUGAUUGGACAGCAUAAGAAUUUAUGCACUCUGUUUACUCCAGAGAGACUCCCUACUGAGGUACAAUCUGCUGAAUACACCACAGAGCAAUUGCUGAAAGCUGAGAAGCAGAAGUUGGAGCAGGUGGCAAAUUUGCAAGCAGAGCUGAGUAAUUUCCAAAGCACAAAUAUGGAUCUGGAUGCUGUGACACAGACGCAUGAAAAAUGUGUCUUACUUUCACAGUGA